UUGUCCUUUGGGGUGUUGUGGCACAAGGCUGUUUGUUGUGCUUUUAGCGGUGCUGACUCCAGUUCCUCUCACUCCUGUGAACAAGCCCCUGGGCAAGAGCAGCUACAGCAACCAACAUCAAAACAAGCAAGGGGAGAGCGCCUGGUGUCAUGACCAAGGCAAGAGAUCAGAGCCGCCAGGAAGGAUGCUGUGGCUCCUUAACAAACUACCUGACCUCAGCAAAAUUCCUUCUGUACCUUGGGCACUCUCUCUCCACUUGGGGGGAUCGGAUGUGGCACUUUGCAGUGUCUGUGUUUCUGGUGGAACUCUAUGGAAACAGUCUCCUCUUGACAGCUGUCUAUGGGUUGGUGGUGGCAGGCUCUGUUCUGGUCCUGGGAGCCAUCAUUGGUGACUGGGUAGACAAGAAUGCCAGACUUAAAGUGGCUCAGACUUCACUGGUGGUGCAGAACGUCUCCGUCAUCCUCUGCGGGAUAAUCCUGAUGAUGGUUUUCUUACACAAAAACGAGCUUCUGACCAUGUAUCAUGGAUGGGUCCUGACUGUCUGCUACAUCCUGAUCAUCACGAUUGCAAACAUUGCAAAUCUGGCCAGUACUGCUACUGCAAUCACGAUCCAAAGGGACUGGAUUGUUGUUGUGGCGGGAGAGAACAGAAGCAGAUUAGCAGAUAUGAAUGCUACCAUCAGAAGGAUCGACCAGCUAACCAACAUCUUGGCCCCCAUGGCUGUUGGCCAGAUUAUGACAUUUGGUUCCCCAGUCAUUGGCUGUGGUUUCAUUUCGGGAUGGAAUUUGGUGUCCAUGUGUGUGGAAUACUUUUUGCUCUGGAAGGUUUACCAGAAAACCCCUGCUCUGGCUGUGAAAGCUGCUCUCAAAGUAGAGGAGGCGGAACUGAAGCAACUGAACUUACCUAAAGAUACUGAGCCAAAAUCUCUGGAGGGAACUCAUCUCAUGGGUGAGAAAGACUCCAACAUCCGUGAACUUGAACGUGAGCAAGAGCCUACGUGUGCCUCCCAGAUCACCGAGCCCUUCCGCACCUUUCGAGAUGGGUGGGUCUCCUACUAUAACCAGCCGGUGUUUCUGGCUGGCAUGGGUCUGGCUUUCCUUUAUAUGACAGUCCUGGGCUUUGAUUGCAUCACCACAGGGUACGCCUACACUCAGGGGCUAAGUGGCUCUGUCCUCAGUUUUUUGAUGGGAGCAUCCGCAGUAACUGGAAUAACGGGAACUGUGGCUUUCACUUGGCUGCGUCAGAAAUGCGGCCUUGUAAGGACUGGACUGUUCUCAGGACUUGCUCAGCUUUCCUGUUUGAUCUUGUGUGUGAUCUCCGUGUUCAUGCCUGGAAGCCCCUUGGACCUAUCUGUUUCUCCAUUUGAAGACAUCCGUUCUAGGUUUUUGCAGGUGAAAACAGUGUCCCUAACUACCAAAGCACCUGAGACCGUCUUUACAUCUGAAAUGCCUAUGUCCAACAUGUCUAAUAUUAAUACUGUCCAGGAGAUGAGUACGAAAUCCACGCCCAUAAUCUCUGUCAGCCUGCUCUUCGCGGGUGUCAUUGCUGCUAGAAUCGGUCUUUGGUCCUUUGAUUUAACUGUGACACAGUUGCUGCAAGAAAAUGUAAUUGAAUCUGAAAGAGGCAUUAUCAACGGUGUGCAGAACUCCAUGAACUACCUUCUCGACCUUCUGCAUUUCAUCAUGGUCAUCCUGGCCCCCAAUCCUGAAGCUUUUGGCUUGCUCGUAUUGAUUUCAGUGUCCUUUGUGGCAAUGGGCCAUCUUAUGUAUUUCCGAUUUGCCCAGAAGACUCUGGGCAACCAACUUUUUGUUUGUGGUCCCGAUGAAAAAGAAGUUACAGAUGAAAAUCAACCUAAUACAUCUGUUGUGUAAAAUAGUUUCACUGUGGCCCCUGUUACUAGAUUGUAGAGAGCAUCUGUGCUUAUUCUGUACUGCAGAAUUCCAAUAAAUGCCUGCAUAUUUCUCUGA